UAAAGUGACAAUACGUUUCAGUAACAAAAUGUCCAAAACCAUUUUAUUUUCCUUUGCAAUUGUGUGCAUUUCUGGUGUCCUUGCCAGGCCCAACUUCAAUACAGCCACUGAUUUUAGGGAUGGUGAUGGUUCUGAACUAGGUGCUGCUGAUUACACAGAUCCCGGUGCAAACCAUGGACAUGGAUUCAGAAGUCAAGUUAGGGAUGGUGAUGGUUCUGAUCUAGGUGCUGCUGAUUACACAGAUCCCGGUGCAAACCAUGGUCAUGGAUUCAGAAGUCAAGUUAGAGAUGGUGAUGGUUCUGAACUAGGAGCUGCUGAUUAUACAGACCCCGGCGCAAACCAUGGUCAUGGAUUCAGAAGUCAAGUUAGGGAUGGUGAUGGUUCUGAACUAGGAGCUGCUGAUUAUACAGACCCCGGCGCAAACCAUGGUCAUGGUUUCUAAACAAUAAGAUGAAGGAGGUGGUCAUAAUUGCUGAAGGCGAUGUACUUAGCAGCAGCAUGCUUUACUGAAUAUAUAUAUAUACACAUGUAGAACAUAAAAUGUAUUAAAUAGAGUGUCUACACAAAUAAAUGUUAGAAAUAUGA